UGAGAUCGAUAUCGACGAACAAACCUAUACUGCGACUUUUUCGCAAUGCCGCACUAUGCAAUCCAGAGAAGGUUUUAAUGUCCCAACACGGUGACGGGCUUUUCAAUACAAAAAUUCCCAUAUUGCAUCGUUGUUUUGCUUCUUCUCCAAGCAAGCCCCAUGCCUCCAUCUUCUCUACCGACACCGUUCGUCUUUCUAAAGUGUUAUCCCUGCAUACAGAAAACCUGGUGAUCAGCCGUCGAGAAGCGGAAAGGAUGAUACGAUCAGGAGAUGUGACUCUGGCAGGAAAUGUGUUAACAUCGCCCAUGAUGAUGCUGAAAGAGGAGGACUUGAAUGAUGGAGCUUUGAAGGUGAACGGAAAGGUGGUAAACCUUCGAUCAAGUAAGGGUCCUCGUUCCGUUGCAGGAGAAGAAAAUUCGGUUCACAAAACCCGCGUUUGGAUCGCGCAUAAACUUCCGGGAGAAAUAGUCGCUGACAACGAUCCUUACGAUCGUCCCUCUUUAUUGCAGCGAUUGAUACGAGGUGGUGUCGGCAAAGUUGGCAAGACUCGACUUCAUCUUAAAUCCGUGGGACGCCUCGACAUGAACACAGAAGGACUGAUUUUGGUGACUAAUGAUGGAAAGUAUGCUAGAGAGAUGGAGCUGCCGUCAAAUAAAUUGCAUCGAACGUAUCGCGUUCGAGUACAUGGCUUGCUUACGGACCACAAGUUGGCCCGAAUACGGAAAGGGGUAACUGUGGAAGGUAUAAGGUAUCCUCCAAUGAGGAUCAUACCCGAAAGCACUCGGCAAUCGCAAUCAACAAAUAAGUGGCUAAAAGUGACUUGCACAGAGGGAAAGAAUCGCCAAAUUCGAAACGUUUUCAAGUAUUUAGGAUUAACGGUCACACGAUUGAUUCGCAUUUCCUAUGGCGAUUAUCGGCUGCAAACUAUUCCGCCUGGUAUGGCAAUCGAAGUUCCAGCCAAGCAUAUCGAGAAUCAAAAACAUCGGGGUCGAUUGAUUCGACCGACUAAGCCCGCACCGAAACGGAGUGACGAGGCCGAAUCGUCGAAGGCGGUGCAGUGGGUCCGACAUUAGAUUUCGAUCUUGAAUAGUUGUUUUACAUAGAAGUAUAAGGGAUAAGAGGUCACUUGUAAAAUCUAGCACAAGGCUUCGCGGG